CAUCGUUCUCUCCACUCGUGUCUAUCGUCAAACUUGAGUUCAAACACUCUCAUCUUCUUAUUCUUCUGCUUUCACUCUCUGACUCAAUCGUUCUAAUCCACAAAAAAUGACCUUAAAUUACAACAUUGCCCUCGCCUUCUCUGCGGUGCUCACGCUGCUCCUCUUUCCCCUACUGACCGUAGGGGAGCUCGUGGAGGAGCAGCCACUAGUCCUCAAGUACCACAACGGCCAGCUCCUGAAGGGCCGCAUCACCGUCAAUCUCAUCUGGUACGGCACCUUCACCCCGAUCCAACGGUCCAUAAUCGUGGACUUCAUAAACUCGUUAAGCAGCGCGCCAAACGCGCCUCUCCCCUCGACCGCCACGUGGUGGAAAACCACGGAGAAGUACAAGGUGGGAGGAGGAUCCCCUGCGCUCGUCGUAGGGAUGCAGUUCCUACACCCGGCUUACACGCUAGGGAAAAAUCUCAAAGGAAGAGAUCUCCUCGCACUCGCGUCAAAGUUCAACGAGAUUAACUCGAUAACGGUGGUUUUAACGGCGAAGGACGUUGCCGUUGAGGGCUUCUGCAUGAGCCGCUGUGGGACCCACGGCUCUACCCGGAACGUUAAAAGUAAUGCCCGAACCGCAUAUAUCUGGGUUGGAAACUCCGAAACACAGUGCCCCGGGCAAUGCGCGUGGCCAUUCCACCAACCGAUUUACGGGCCCCAGACGCCGCCGUUAGUUUCUCCUAACGGCGACGCCGGGGUUGACGGAAUGGUUAUUAACUUGGCCACGCUUCUCGCUGGCACAGUUACCAACCCUUUCAACAACGGUUACUUCCAGGGUCCCCCAACGGCGCCGUUAGAGGCCGUUUCGGCUUGCACUGGUGUUUUCGGAAGUGGGUCGUACCCGGGUUAUCCGGGUCGGGUUCUCGUGGAUAAGGCAACCGGGGCGAGUUACAAUGCGCAUGGUGCGAAUGGAAGGAGGUAUCUCGUGCCAGCGAUGUGGGACCCGCAGACUUCGACAUGCAAGACCCUCGUCUGAAGACUGCCACGUGGCGAGGUUGUGUAAUGGUUGUAGAUAUUGGUCGAUGGGAACGGAAGCAGGGAAUGGAUAAUAGAGGUGGUGAUGGAUUUGGUUCGGACUUCGGAGUGUUUCUAAAUUUUCUAUAUUCUGUAAGCCUGCUUUUGUCGUUUAGUGUGACGUGUAAGACGUGUAAAUUCUCUUUUGCUAAAGACUAUAGAGGAAGAAGAACUGGGAUGUUGUAUAAAUAAUAAAUUAUGAAAAACGAGGAAUAAGAUUUUAAAAAAAGGGAUAUCAUGAAUGUGAUAUAUUUUUAUUUUAAACUGUGGUGUGAAGUUAGGUCUUUGAUUAAAAUUUAUAAUAGCUUUGUUUUUAUGUAAUUUUUAAGAAUGGAAUAGUGGGAUUUUUAUGAAUGAAUUA